AUUGAUCACAAAACAUAUAUUAAAUUUCAAUAUAUCUCUAGCUAAUGCCUUUAUAGCGGCGCAAUCGGAAGUCCUAUAAUCCCACGUUAGCAUUUAGUCAAACAGGUAAUGAGUGACAAAAUUGUAGGAUGAGAUGCUCCUCAGAGAUCUUGGUGAUGAAGGAAAUUUCAUUGCCAAAGGCAUCAACUACUAUCUAGGCGUGAUAAAGUUUUUUAAUCACUGGAGGGGGUGUGCAAUCAAGGAAAUGCAAUCGCAACGUACCGUAAGAGCAAGCUGUUGGCAAUGGGAGUCGAGUGGCAUGAAAGUGCAAACCUGCUUGAUCUUCGACAUGUUAGCGAUGAGACUCCAAGAGGAAGUAUGGUGUCAAGAUAACAAGGUAGAAAUGAGAAUAUCAGAAUAUGUAAGAAAUUGAAUAUCAUGCGUCAGUGCUGUAUAGAAACCCCGGCGAGGGCUUCACAGACACUGGGUCAAUCGCAAAUUACCGCAUCAUGUGAGGGGGUAUAUAUUAAACAAGGUAAAAGGAAGGAGUAAAGAGCUUACCAGUUAACGUGUGGAGAGUCAAGCUCCCUGGUGGAGUUAAGUUAGUAAACAAGAUGGCGGAGUAGUUCUGGACAGAACGACAUUUUGUUCUGAUGCAAGAUGGCAAAAGGUCGACAGAGUCUGGACCUUUACAG